AUGAAUCGUCAAGACAUGCUAACGAACGCAGUGCCUUGGCAGAGGUACGACUUUACUUUGCCGGUACACUUGAAGAGAGUCACGAUAUUUACAACCAAAGGGAUAACGACCUUAUUCUUACAGGGUAUCGGUAAGGACAUCGUCACCAAUAUUUGGUCACAUAUCAUUGGUGCCGUACAAUUCCUCCUUGACUUCGCGAGAUUCGUCCGGUUCCGUUUUGCCGUAGUGGCCGAUGAUCCCUCGCGAAUCGACUACGAGACUUCCGACUUCCUUGCCGUGUCCCUGUAUUACCUAUGCGUCAUCGUCUGUUUCGCCCUCUCCGCCGUCUUUCACACGUUUUCUGAUCACAGCCUUGGUCUGUGUCUGUUUAGCAAUAAACUCGACCACUUGGGCAUUGUCUUCGUUAUGUGGGGCUCUGGGUUAUCCUGUGCGCAUUUUGCCCUCCGGUGUGCGUCUUCAACCGUUCGUGUAUUGCAUUUUUCUUCUAUAUUCCUUACCGCAGGCUCUUGUGCGUGUAUUACCCUGCGCCCGGACUUCCGCCGGCCUGAUUGCCGCAUCGGAAGGCUCCUUACGUAUUGCUUCCUGGGCGCGAGUUUGUUCUUGCCGCUUCUCCAAGCUUGGCUUGCUCUCAAGUCUCUGAACAAGCUUGAUCGCAUUGCGGGUCUGUGGUCAUUUCUCGGCCUGGCGACGGUAAAUUUCGCCGGGGGUGCAUUGUAUGUAGCUAGAGUGCCGGAAAGAUGGCUGCCAGGGAAACUUGAUCUAUUGGGACACAGCCAUGAUUGGAUGCAUAUACUGGUGAUAUUAGGGGCUCACAUCAGACUGCAAGGACUGCUGGGACUAUACCAGCGCUGGGGGGUUGAUGCAAGUAUGCACUGUCAGAAUGGGCCAUCUUGA